UAUUAGUUAGAGGACCACAGGCCAGGACAGGCUAGAUGGUUGCAAUAUGCAUGCUAGCUCACACCACAUGUGCAUGCCGUCCAUCCUGUGUUCUUCACUCCUCGCAGAUAUAUAUGCACUCACAAUUCACAAACACACACCAAGCAGUAUCUCGAGUGAAUUGGUCGAACACCAACGAAUAGAGCAAUGAGAGGACCUACGGCAAAGUCCUUCAAGCAAGGCUUCCUCAGGAACUUCCUCGUCAGCCUCAAAUCUUGCAGAAAUGGCGACAUGAGCCUACAAGAGAGGAAGCGCGCCGUCAGGUCGUCGGCCGACGCCGCAAUGGCCACUGCCCGCGGCAGCGGAGCCAUCUGGCCACGAGCCCUCCUAGCAUCAUCAUCGCCACCUUCGUCGUCGUGGUGGCCUAGGCUGUUGCCUACUGCAGCCAAGGUGAAGACCACGAGGUGCAAGAGCACGGCGAGAAGGUGCUGUCGACCGAAGAGGAGUAGCAGCGAGAUGAUCGCGAGGAGGCUGGUGAGGAAACGGACCAAGAUCUUGAGGGGGAUGGUGCCCGGCGGCGAGCUCCUGGACGGCGUCUCGUUGCUCCGCGAGGCCAUGGACUACGUCGUCCACCUGCGCGCGCAGGUCGCCGUGCUCCGGCGCGUCUCCAACGCCAUGCACCACAUGGCAGGAGCUGUUGCACCACCUGUGCAGUUGAAGGUGGAGACGGCUCACCUCUCGGAUGGAAACCAAGGAUAGCAAGAUCGUAGCAGUAGUCAGAGGAGCGAAUGCUCUACGGAGAUCUCGGAGGCAUGUAAAAAAAGAUCAAGAGAAUGUCCCUGAUUAGGGUGUGAAGAACUGUCAAGAUCCUGUGUUGUUCAGAGAGGCAUGAGAUCGAGGAUAUCGUGAGUCGUCAGAAAGAGAGAUCGUCGUAGUGUGUAGUGGUGUUCAGAGAGGCGCCUCGGAGUUUUUGGGUGCAAUGACUUGCAACUGAUUUGUGGUCAACCAAGAGAUGCUGGCGCCGCGCGCUGGCAAUUCCCGGAUCAUGCUUUGUGGAGUGGAUAUGAAAUUCUGGUUAUAUUCUUUUCAUGCCGGCGGGAAUUUGAUUUAGACUAUUGCCCUCCGGUCUGUUUUGUUAGUUUGAUCACUGCAUAUUUUCCUUUUCUCUUUCGUGGUUGAUACCUUUUUCAGUGUUUCUGGGUAUGUACAUGAGAUUAUCAGCGAACAAAAUUCAGAUCUUGUCCCU